AUGGUGAACAAUAUUGUAGAUUUAUCAUCUUCACCAACAAAUGGUGAAGAUUGUUUAAACAAUAAUAAAAAUAAUAAUAAUCAUAAUAAUAAUCAAAAUAAUAAUAACCACAUUAAUAGUAAUAAUAAUAAUAGUAAUAAAAAUAAUAAUUUUAAUUAUAGUAAAUCCUAUAUUGGCAGUAAUAGUAACAACAACGAUAAUAUUAGUAAUAAUAAUAAUAAUGUUAACAAUGUUGGUAAUAACAACAACAACAACAACAACAACAGCAACAAUAAUGGUAAUAAUGGCAAUAAUAACAAUAGCAAUAAUAAUAAUAGUAAUAGCAAUAAUAAUAAUAGUAAUAGUGCAAUCGGAGUAUCAUCAAAAGGUAGAGUUAUAAGAAGUAGUGGUAGAGUUUUGGAAGUAUCUUCCGAUGAAGAGGAUGAUAAUUUUGGAACUUCACAACAACAAAAAACAAUAACAAUAGCAAACACAACAACAACAACAACUUCAACAUCUCAAUCACCAGGGGUUGGAAAAAAUAAUUCCUCUAUAGUUGAACAAAAUUUAAUAAAUAGUAAAAGUAGUAAUGCUAUAUCGAUUGAACAAAAUAUUAAAAAACAAAUUCAAAGUCAAAUGAGUGAACCCUUAUCAUUGAGUCCACAACCUGCUUCAAUAAAAUCAAAUCCUUCCAUUUCACCACAAUCAAAUUUUUCUACAAUUUUUAAAAAUAAACAUCAUCCAUACUCUAAACCAUCUGCUUCACCUAAUAAAUCACUUUCAAUCUCAUCAACAAACCAAUCAAGACUUAUUGAAAAUAAUAAUAAUAAUAAUAAUAAUAAUAAUAAUAAUAAUAAUAAUAAUAAUAAUAAUAUUAAUAAUAAUAAUAAUAAUAAUAUUAAUAAUAAUAAUAAUAAUAAUAAUAAUAAUAAUAAUAAUAAUAAUAAUAAUAAUAGAAAAAUGAAUAUUUUUAGAGAUUCAGAAGAACUUUUAAAUGUUACAAAUAUAUUCGAACAAGAAUUAAUAAAUUAUGACAUUAGAAAAGAUUUAACUAUGAGUGAGAGGGAUGAAUUUUCAUUUUCUCACUAUCGUAAGGCUCUUAUAGGUUUAUUAGGAAUGAGACCUGUUGAAGAAAUGAUGUUACCACAUCAAAAGAAUAGCUUUUUUACAGAAAACUAUAUCCUUAUGAAUGAAGAUUUUGAAAUUAUUCCAGAUUUAAUUGGUAGUGAUAAAUAUAGAAAUUUAACCAUACCAGAAAUGAAGUCAGUGUUUGUUAAACAUAGAUUAGGUUAUAGAGUCAAUAGUGCCACUUCAGUCUUUAAAAUUCUUAUCUUUCCAUCAAUGAUUAAACCACUCUUCAAAUAUGCUCAUAUUGCUUCUGAUGGUUCCCAUUUAAAUGAACCAAAUUCCGCUCAAUCACUUUUCAUUGCAAAAUAUUUCACACAUGACCUUGAUAAUAUGUUACGCGAUUAUAUUAGAAAUUGUAAUUGUCAUGAUAGAUCUAAUACAAAUAAUAAUACAAAUACAAAUAUAAAUACAAAUACAAAUAAUAAUAAUAAUAAUAAUAAUAAUAAUAAUAAUAAUAAUAAUAAUAAUAAUAAUAAUAAUAAUAAUAAUAAUAAUAAUAAUAAUAAUAAUAAUAAUAAUAAUAAUAAUAUUAUUAAAACAGAACCAAAUAGUUCUCAAUCAUCUCAACCUUUACAUUUACAACCGUCACCUCCACAAUCACAAUCUCCAUUACAAUCACAAUCAAAUUCACAAUCGUAUCAACAACCAUCACCACAACCUUAUAAUAGUGGUAGUAGUAUUAGUAGCGGUAGUAGUAACAAUAGACAAUCACAAACAAUGAAACAAUCAUCUCAACAAUCUAAUAAACCAUCAUCUCAACCACAAAACCAAGACUUACAAACUGAAGUACAAAUUCAACAAUUAUCUCAACUAUUAAACGCACAGAGACAGCAUAAAGUCAUACAAUUACCAAUUUCAGGUUCGCCACCAUUAUCACAAAUACCUUCUAAAAUUCCACCCCCACCAUUACUUCAACAAUAUAAUUCAUUGCCAUCUGCAUCGUCUGUGGCAUUAUCUCACCCAUCUUCACCUCUUCAAAUACAACUACAACAACAACAACAACAACAACAACUACAACAACAACAACAACAACAACAACAACAGCAACAACAACAAAACCCGUCACAACAAUCAUCACAAUCAACUACAACUUCUUCUAAUUCCACUAGCUCUGGCAAUUGCAAUUGUUCAGAACAAUUCGAAGAGUUAAAAAGAAUGAUUCACCAAAUGGCUGAGAUCAAAGAACAAAGAAUUCAACUAAAAAAACAGGAAAAACUAAGGGAAGCAGAACAUUUGGCAAGGUUAUUUGGUUCUUUAAGAGAUGAUAUUGGAAAACAUAAUUAUCAACAAAAUGCAAGCCUCUUUUUUGAUUUUGCAACUUUUCUUUCAAAAAAAUCAAAUAAGAAUCUUGGUGAUAUUAAUAAUUUAAACAAUCUUAAUAAUAAUAAUCCAAAUAAUAAUCCAAAUAAUAAUCCAAAUAAUAAUAAUAAUAAUCCAAAUAAUAAUAAUAAUAAUAAUAAUAAUAAUAAUAAUAAUAAUAAUAAUAAUAAUAAUAAUAACAACAAUAAUAAUAAUAAUAAUAAUAAUACUAAUUAUAACAACUUUAAUAAUACUAAUAAUAAUAAUAAUAAUAGUAACAAAAACAACAACAAUAAUAAUAACAAUAAUAAUACUACCAAUAAUACAAAUAAUAAUAAUAAUAAUAAUACUACUAAUACAAAUAAUAAUGCUAAUAAUAAUAAUACUAAUAAUAAUACUAAUAAUACUAAUAAUACCAAUAAUAAUAAUAAUAACAAUAUCAAUAAUAAUAGUGAUUUUCAUAACAGGGUUAUUGAUUUUAGCAACAGUGGGCCAAGAAAUUCAAAUAACAAUAGUGAUAGUAAUUUAAAAUCAAAUAAUAAGAAUAGUGAUAAAAUAAAUAAUAAUCCAAAUAACAAUGAAAAUAAUAAAACUAAAGGUAGAGUUAAAAAGACAAAUAAUAAACCAGCCAAACAAACUAAAACUACAUCAAAAAGAAAGAGUAAAGUUUCAGCCGAACCAGUUGUCCUUACUACUCGUAAAUCAACUCAUAAAUUAAUCGAUGAUGAGGAUGAGGAAGAAGAUGAAGAGCUUGAGGGUUAUAAUGACGAGCAUCCAACUGACGAAGAAACUUAUUCAAAUAGAUCACUUACACCCCCUGUUGAAUUAUCUAGUCCUACUGCACAAACCAACGGGGCUAGAAGUGCUAGCAACAGUAAUAUCACCAUUCCACACACUACAACUACAACUACAACAACUAGAUCUCAUUCCUUUACACUUAAAAGAUUAUCCCCACUUAGAACUUCAUUUGAUGAUUUGGGUCUACUUAAUUCAUAUUCACCUUUAUUUGGUAUUACCGAUAACAAUAACAAUAAUAACAAUAAUAAUAAUACUAAUACUAAUACUAAUACUAAUAAUAAUAAUAAUAAUAAUAAUAAUAAUAAUAACAAUAAUAAUAAAAAUAAUAAUAAUAAUAAUAAUAAUAAUAAUAAUAAUGAAAAUAAUAAUGAUAAUAAUGAUAUUUCUACAUUUAAUAACAAUAAUAGUUCAAACCCUAAUAAUGAAGAAGAUGAUUCCGAUGAUGAAAGUGAAGAGGAUAGUGAUAUUGAUGAAAUGGAUAUUAGUGAUAAAAAUAACAAUAAUGAUAAUAAUAAUAACAAUAAAAAUCAAAAGAGAACAAAAAGAAAAACUAAAGAAAAGAGUCAAGCAAGCACUGAAAAAGAUAAGCAAAGAAAAAAGAUCUCAAAAUUUAAAGAAACUUUACUUAGCACUUUUGAUGAAAAAGUAUUCCUAAAAAAGCGUGAGGAAUAUUUUAAAAUAGUUAAUAUGUUUAAUGAAGCCUAUAAAAAUGCAACAACAAGAUUAAUUAAACUUGAUGAUGAUUUCCCUCAACAUCCAAGUGAAAUCCCUGAAUAUUUGGUAAAACAUGGUUUUUCAACCAAAAGAUUACAAAAAAGGAAAACAGGAGGAGCAAAUAAUGAUAAAUAA